AUGAGUAUAAAAGCCGGUUCGGAGGCUGGACACCCUCCUGCUCUGCACCGGGGCGAACACCGAGCUGCCACACGAGGGUGCGCUGAGGGAACCGACAUGAAGUCUGCGAGCGUCUCAUCCAUCGUGUUCCUGCAGCUGAGUCUCUGCGCUGUGCUGAACGCUGCCAAAUGGACAUACAGUGGGCCAGAAGGAGAGCACCACUGGUCCAAGCAUUAUCCAUUUUGUGGUGGAGCUUUCCAGUCUCCAAUCGACAUCAAGUCAGAUUUGCUGAGGUUCGACCCCAGUUUGCGUCCGAUUGAGGUUCAUAACUACAACCUGUCGCCCAAUGAGCAGCUCACUCUUGGAAAUAAUGGACAUUCUGUGCAGAUCUCCCUGCCCUCCAAGAUGCACAUCUCCAGCCUGCCGCAUCGUUACACCGCAGCUCAACUGCACUUCCACUGGGGCUCCUCCAGCCGACCUGCUGGAUCUGAGCACAUGGUGAACAGUCGACAGUACCCAGCCGAGAUGCAUGUGGUUCACUUCAAUUCAGACAAGUACCCCAACAUGUCCAUGGCUGUGGACAAAUCCGACGGCCUGGCGGUGCUGGGUGUCCUGAUCGAGGUUGGUGAGUUCAAUCCUGCCUUCGACCAGUUCCUGAAGUUCAUCAAUGGGAUUAAAUACAGUGACCAGCGAGUGCAGGUGCCCGGCUUCAACGUCAGAGCACUUCUGCCUGCACGCUUGGACGAGUAUUAUCGCUACGAUGGGUCACUGACAACUCCUCCGUGUUACCCUAGCGUGCUGUGGACACUGUUCAGGAAUCACGUGACAAUAUCUCGCAAACAGUUUCUGGCCCUGGCAACGGCCCUCUACUCCUCCCAUGCCCAGGAGUCAGCCCCUGUGCCACUGAACGGCAACUACAGGAAACCACAACACGCGGACAGCCGAGUCGUCCUGGUCUCCUUUAAGGAGGGCCGAGGACUGCAUGCUACUCGUACAGUCACGUCUCCGCUCACGAGGAAGCGAGUCGUUCAGCAGCUGCUGGUCGGCGAUUUAGCGGACCUGGCUGACGAAGGGCUCUAUCAGCUCCUACCAAGUGGCUCGGAGAAGCUCCAUGCUGGCAAGAAGAAAGACCUCAAGAACCAGCAGAGUCAGAGUCUGGCCAAGUCCAAACAAUGGCCGCUGAAUCCCUCUCCGCGGAAGAAGAGCCAAACCAAACAGUCUGUGGGAAAGUUGGGUCUGGCUGAAGACGCACUCUGCUACGUCUCACUGGAGCAGAGAGUUCUCCAUCAGCUCCAACUGUCCCACUCCGAGAACCAGCUGGUUCACACUCUCAGAGAUGAAGUCUUCCCUAAGCUCAACCUCCACAGCUACCUGGACUGUAGGUCAGAUUUAGCCCUCCCAACCAUCAGGCAUAUUCUCAAAGGACGGCCAACAGACGAGGCGUUUGAGUUGAACCGCUCUCUGAGAAAAGCCUUGAUGUAUUCGAAGAAACCUCACACAGAAACCAAGGAAAGUGUGCCAAAGACAAACCAUGGCAGUCUCUCCCCUGCUACUGUUCCCGGGAAACCACACAGCCAGGGCUAUCCACAUCCUUGGCUUUUGCCUAUGGAGUGGGAAGACUAG